CAUGGGGGACAUGAAAACUCCAGACUUUGAUGACCUCUUGGCUGCUUUUGACAUCCCCGAUCCGACUAGCCUUGAUGCCAAGGAGACCAUCCCAUCAACUGUGGAGGAGAAUGAGAAUCACCUGAAGUCAUCAGGAAUCUGCAUAGAUGAGAAUGUGUCCUUAUCCCACUCUUUGCCUCCCUCUGAUGCUCCUGUUGUGAGUGUGAUAGUGAAGAACACGAGUCGCCAGGAGUCCUUUGAAGCAGAAAAGGAGGGGAGUCAUCUUGGGGCUGGUCUGUUACACAAUGGGUUUCGUGGGUCCGAUCUGCCAUCAGAGGCUCACACUUUAGUGCAUAAUUAUGGCAAGUUUGAGUCAACUUUUAUUAAUGGUGACAGCUCAAGAAGUUACUCUGAUAAACUGGACCAGUCCAAGUCAGAGCCUUUGCCAACAUUUAGUCAGUUUAGCCCGAUUUCCAGCCCUGAACCAGAGGACGCGUUCAAAGAGAACAGUAUUGGUGAUAAACCCAAACAUGCCCAAACUCCAUAUUUUCCACCACCUUCAAUGUAUAUACCAACAGGAGCUUCAGUACUAGAUCACCUUAGGAAGGUACCGGAGCCCGAAUUAAGCAUGUUUGAUCAGUACUGUAAAAAGGAACACAAGAUGGAAAUCCACUGCCAGCCAGAGAGCAGGUUGGAAAUGAGCAGGAGAGAACAAGACAAAGCAACGGAGAGGUUUGUGGAGUCAAGCAAGGACUUGGUAGAUACCAGUAGCUUUCUUGGGGAAGGCUUGGUGUUUGGAGACCUCCCUCACAAUAAUUUAGGAGAAAGUAAGGGGUCUGUGCCUGAGCUGAAUAUGUCUUCAUCAAUACCGCCUCGCCAGAGGUUAAAGCCAACUCAUUCAAAGUUGUCAUCCUGCGUGGCAGCAUUAGUAGCUCUUCAGGCCAAAAAGGUUGCAUGUAUUCCACAAGGUGAUCAGCCAAACCUUACCAGGGAACCUGGCCCUUUUAAAGAUGGGACAAAGGGAAGUCCAAAAAUGCCCAAGUCGCCAAAGAGUCCCCGAAGCCCCUUAGAGGUAGUAAGGAAAGCCAGCAAGCAGCCUGAGAGUCCUCGAAGUGUGUGCAGCGACAGCAGUGGGAAAGGCUCUCCUUCCAUGGCAGCUGGCUCUCCACCAGCUAUUCCCAAAGUUAGAAUAAAGACUAUAAAGACGUCCUCUGGUGAAAUUAAAAGAACUGUAACUAGAAUUUUGCCAGAAAACGAUGAGUUGGGUAAAUCUUCAGAAGAGUCGCCUGUGGAAUCCUCAUCUGCUGAAGAGUUUAUGAAAUCUUUCCCAUCCCCUGACACUAGUGCAGUUAUGGAAGGCGAGGCUAGCAAGAAUUCAACCAAAAAUGGGGCUGCUGUGGCUAUUCAGCUGUCAAAUGUUGCGAGUCCUUACGCAGAUGGUAUGAAAACAGAUACUGCUGCAAACAGCACGUGUGCUGUGUCCUUAUCUCCACUGCCAAACUGCGGUGGCGGUGCCAUAAAAGUAGGUGUUAAGAGGCAGCAGCAGGGUAUCAUGAUGCAGCCAUCCAACGUGACCAGCUCCAGCCUUCUUCCCAAAGCUGUGCACUUGGCAAAUCUCAACUUAGUCCCACAUAGCGUUGCUGCUUCUGUUACGGCAAAGUCAUCUGCACAGAGGCGAAAUCAGCCUCAGGUGACACAGGUGUCUGUGCCGCUGGUGCACCAAGUCAGGAAAGCUGCUCCUGUCAUCGUGGAGGCAUUUAAUAAAGUACUACACAGUGCCAAUCCAGUGCCAAUAUAUACUCCAAACCUUAGCCCUCCGCCUGACACCAGUAUUAAUUUACCUGCCUCUGGGUAUUGUUGCCUGGAAUGUGGGGACUCAUUUGCCUUAGAGAAAAGCCUGACUCAACACUAUAGUAGACGAAGCGUUCAUAUUGAAGUCAUGUGCACUCAGUGUUCAACUGUGCUGCUUUUUUUUAAUAAGUGUAGCUUGCUUAAACAUGCAAGAGAUCAUAAGAACAAAGGAUUUAUCAUGCAGUGUUCUCAGCUGCUAAUGAAACCUAUUUCUUUAGACCAAAUGUUUUCACCUUCUACAAGCUCUUUGGCCUCUCCGGCUCCUCAGGCUUUGCACUCGCCCUCUCCUUCACGUAAGCCCAGUGCUGCUUCAGGAGGUGGGGUAGGAAUUUCUGCUAAUGCUCAGCCAGCCUUGCCUCUCUAUACAGACCCAUUGAGACUAAUCCGUCAUGGACUUAAGUGUUUAGAGUGUAACAAGCAGGCACAGGAUUACGUUGCUUUAGCAGCUCAUUACCAGAGAACCUCAGAAGAUAAUGAGAGACUG